GCACAAUUAGCCAAUCAGCAGCGCGCUCCGCCAGCCAGGAGGACGCAUAAAAGAAGAACAUUGCAGCAGAGGCACAGAAGGAGACUGCGAGCGGAGCAGGGAAUUACACACAAAAGGCAGCAGAACCAGAACACCCUCCCCUGGACACACCCUGCCGAGGAUCACUGCUUCUCUUUUUUUUUUACUGAACCAUCGCCCACGCCACGCAGAGAGAACGCUCUCCCUCAUCACCAUCCAGUAGAAAACCCCUUUCUCCUCAUUUUCAUCCUAUAGAGGACGCCUACAAUCUCGGAGGGCUGAGAUCCCCUGGCAAAGAUUGUACUUUUUUCCUUUUUUUGUUUUUUUUUUUCUUUUCAUUUGGACUCCCGGCGCGAGGGCCAUUUAACGGAAGAGGCCGAAAAAGCAUAGUGAGACCCAGCCUUCAGCUUCAAGACCAGUGCAAAAGGAGGACCUAGAUUUCUUUCAUUGUACGUCAAGAAUGGUUACUCAGAUAAUCAGCACCAUGGAAACCCAGGUGUCCAAUGGUCCAAGCGGAACCAGUCUGCCUAACGGCCCGGUCAUUAGCACCAAUGGCUCCACAGACGACAGCAAAACCAACCUAAUCGUUAACUAUCUGCCUCAGAACAUGACCCAGGAGGAGUUCAAGAGUUUGUUCGGUAGCAUCGGAGAGAUUGAGUCCUGCAAGCUAGUAAGAGACAAGAUAACAGGUCAGAGUUUGGGCUAUGGCUUUGUAAACUACGUGGAUCCAAAUGAUGCAGACAAAGCCAUCAACACACUCAAUGGCCUCAAACUGCAAACUAAAACAAUCAAGGUAUCAUAUGCUCGGCCAAGCUCAGCUUCCAUUCGGGACGCAAACCUUUAUGUGAGUGGACUCCCCAAGACCAUGAGCCAGAAAGACAUGGAGCAGCUCUUCUCCCAGUACGGUCGAAUCAUCACAUCCCGCAUCCUAGUGGACCAGGUCACAGCAGGAAUAUCACGAGGAGUAGGUUUCAUCCGGUUUGACAAGCGAAAUGAGGCGGAGGAGGCCAUCAAGGGCCUGAACGGCCAGAAGCCCCUGGGCGCCGCCGAGCCCAUCACCGUCAAAUUCGCCAACAACCCCAGCCAGAAGACGGGCCAGGCCCUGCUGACCCAGCUGUACCAGACGGCUGCGCGGCGCUACACGGGCCCCCUGCACCACCAGACCCAGCGUUUCAGCAUGAUCCCUUCACUUGGAAAGGGACCCGAUCCAAAUAACAGCUCAAAACCAAUACUCGACAAUUUACUAAACGCCAGCUACGGAAUCAAGAGCUCUCCCACUCUCUUCCCCAGAUUUUCGCCCAUCACCAUCGACAGCAUGACCAGCCUGGCCGGCGUCAACCUCACCGGUCCCACCGGAGCCGGCUGGUGCAUCUUCGUGUACAACCUGUCCCCCGAGGCGGACGAGAGCGUCCUGUGGCAGCUCUUUGGGCCUUUCGGCGCAGUCACCAACGUCAAGGUGAUUCGUGACUUCACCACAAACAAGUGCAAGGGCUUUGGCUUCGUCACCAUGACCAACUACGACGAGGCCGCCAUGGCUAUCGCUAGCCUCAACGGCUACCGCCUGGGCGACCGCGUGCUGCAGGUGUCCUUCAAGACCAGUAAGCAGCACAAGGCCUGAGAGAGAGAGGCUGCUGCUGCCAGCUCCUUUGACCUGCAGGGACGGCACCCUGAGCUCCCCGCGUCAUCACUUUACAUGGGUCUGGACUGAGUCUCUCUCUGACACAUAAUCCUCACAUAAAGUCAUACUAUAUUAUCACAAACAGACAUGCACACACGCACACACACACACACAGAACGCAAACACACACAAUCCAAACGUAUCCAUACACAAGUCAGAGUUUCAAACAAACACACUAGUGGAGUUUUUCUUUUCUCUUUACACAACAUGCGAGUCCUUUCCGAUAUUUGCCUGGAUUGAAUUAGAAGGGGCACGUCGCUGGUUUGGUUGGGGACGGGCAAGCGCUUUCUUUUCGCGGAGACAGUCUAACGAAUGUGACACAGAAUGUGUACCGAGUGCUUUGAUUGAAUUCAGGCAAAUCCGACUGAUGAACAAAAACGAUCAAAAAUUGAAACGAACAAAUAUGUGCAAUUACCCAAACUCUUACCCCAUCGUCUCUCCCAUUAUCUUGCUGGAGAAGAUGUAGUCACUUUUUUACACUUGGGCAUUUUGAAUCAGCGAUUUUUGUAGAUCAAAGAAAAUGAAAUUAAAAAACAGUGUUCUCUUAUAUACGUCUAUUAAAAUAUAACUAUAUAUUCAAUAUUUAAGGUGGUUAUAAUAGCCGAGUAUGUAAGCAUUUUCUAGAAACUUUGACUACUGUUUCCUGACCUGCAUUAGGUGGUGCCUAGCUUAAAGGCAGUCUCUCUACCCUAUGUGAGUCUGAUAGUUCAGACCCAAUAUAGCGAAUACUGGUCACAGAGGAAAGUAGUACGAAGGCCGUCGAGAUCACUCUCGUCCCCACAGUCUCACACCGAAGAACACACCCGUACACUUACUGUAGGUAUCACGGUUCAGUAACGACCACAUGAACACGCCUUGAGUCCACAAUAACAAAAGAGGUCCUGCAUUUUUCUAGUCUGUCUGUGAAGACGGAUGCGACACGAGCAGACUGUCUGUGAACUUAGAGCAGAGCGGCCGCGCUCCCAUGGUGACGCCGUUCAUUAGCGAUUCCCUAGCGACGAGCGCGCCGGGAAAACCGUUUCACCCCGACACAGCCAAGUCCAAGGAAAAUACCGGUGUUUUCUUUUCACUUUUGCCUCAUUUUAUUGGUUCUGUUUUUCGUUCGGGCCUUUUUGCGUUGUACGGCGUCCCUUUAACUCGGAGGUCAUUUGGUGCCAGGAGGUCGAGAGAAACAGCGACUGAUGCUGCUCUGGAGCUUAAUAACGUUUAAGGCGAAGAUGUAGGACACAAAAACACGAAGGAACGCAAAGGUUCAGGAGCACCGGUAUUGUUCUUUAGUCUGGAGCAACGAUGGAAGAUCAUCAAGUGAAUGAAUUUAAAGAUUUACGUUUCUGCAUUUCAGCUCAGCAGAAUAACAAAAAAGAACAUUUAGUAGAAAAGCAGUGCUGAAAUACACUUAUCAGGGUGAGCAAUGAUAUAUGGGAAAGUUCAACGUAUCACUGAUCAUCAGAGGGGAAAAUUUACCAGUUACUCCAGUUCUUUUAAGUUUACGCUCUUAAACUCUUGUCCCCUCAACAUCAAGACUGCAAGCAGUUCAAUAUUUAUACCUCUGUUUACAACAGAAAGGGGUUUAUUUGCUUCAGAUCUGUUUGGCACUGCCACAAAAAUAGCUUUUCUCAAAAUAUCCCCAGCCCAACUGCAUGAUGAUUAUUUAUGGUUACUCUUGAUGAAACAUUAAGGCCAACCUGUCUAGCUGAAGUGUCUGUUACGGAACAGAUUUGCGAUUUACCAUGGGGAGAGCUAAUGUCUUAUGUCAGUAUCGAGACAUCUGCACAUGAUAGAUUAAAUAAGGUCAACUAUAUUCACGACAGUUUUGCUUUUGCUUUUCUAAGUGACGCUGUGUUAGCCAAAGAGGACGAUCUCUUUGAAAGGAAUACAUUAGAGAUAAAUCUAUUUUUAUACAUACAAAGGAAAAAGACCUUGUGCUGAAUUUUUACAGAUUCUUAAGCUUGGAAAAAUUGGGACAUCGCAUGGCUUUAUUUUAAACCCCUCUGUCUUUGCAGAGCAAGGGGGAACAAGCAUGCGGUGUGAGGGUGGGAAUCUAGGGAGGGGAUGAAGGAACGUCGUAUCUCAUACAAACAGAGCCAUUCAACCGCAUCAGAACAACUGAAAAAAGCCGAUCUGACGUAGAAAAAACAAAACAAAUCAGACACAUCUAGACUCCGGAGCGCUUUGACGCACUAGCAGCUUGUCCAGACGUCGUCUACAGCGCUUCGAUAACGUGAAGCUCUUUGACCUGAGAAUCCCAGACAGAGCUGCAAUGAGACCAGCUCGUUGGCCGGCUAUAAAAACCGAACAGCUGCUUGCAAAUAAAGUGUAACAUGCAUCCAAACAGUGACGCAGAUUCAUAAUUAAGCAUGAUUAUUUAAGAUUAGAUGAAUUUGAUUUCAUAUUGCCAAAGAAUUGCUUUGCAAGUCAGUACCACGAAGGGUGAAUUAAGACUAACUAUUAUUCCCUGAGUAAUUGCUGUACAAAUCUAUGUUAUUUAUUGAAAAAGGACCCUCUACAGUUUCAGUUAUCAUUACUUUUGAAUAUCUAAGUUCUGCAUAUCAGUUUGCAUUUGUAAAUCCUGAAACCACUAAACCAAAUGCAACAGCUGCAAGCGUUUCCAUUUGCACACAUUCCAUCCAAACGGCGAAUAAUAAAACAAACAUAUCAGGAAAAAUGAUGAAGUAUAAGGUCACCUGUAGGCAAAUGAAAAAACAUACGCAUCCAUGUAACGUAUCUCUCCACAAAUUAUAUCAUCUGCUUUGUUUUAGAACCAUUAACACUUCACCGCUGCCCGAUACUUACUCUGGCAUCUGGCAUCUUUUGAGCUGUAUCAUAGUUUAAUGCCCCGAGGUAAAUCGAAUCGAUCGUGGCUGGAGGGUCCAGAGCUCACCAAGCGGACUAACCUGGCUAUUUGCAGUAGAACUGAGCCCUUUGUGAGACCAGUGAGACGAUAGGAGCAACCAACACAACAGGCCGCACUGAACCGCUGCCACGUCCAAAGUACUACAGGUCACCCACAGCCCAAACCUUUCAUACGCAGUCUAUACAAAGACCCACACCUUAUGUACAGUAGAGAGCCAAGGACCAUGGCAGGAAACAGUACUACACUGCUUGAGCAACAACAAUAAUCAUUUUAAAAAGACAAAAAAACUUUCCUAUGGAACAGUAAGUGCAAUGUGCUUUGUUUUUAUAUUGACUGAGAACAAAUGAUAUAUAUUUUUUAAAAAAGAAAUUAAACGUCACACUGAAAAGGUUUGCGGAAUAGUGAAAGGAGCAAAAGUUCUGACAAAAACAUCAAAACAAUCUGAUACGUUGGGGAAAUCAAACAAGCGAUGAGCGCUCGGAUCGAUAAAUUUCCAUAAUCAUUUCCUCAGCCCCUAAUUUGUGCUCUGACCAUGCAAGCUCGAACAAAGUGCACAUUCGGCUGACUUAUUAGAGCAAUUCUCAGUGACCUUGAAAGGAAUACUGUCUAAUAUAUCAUCAGUUUUAGCCCAUGUCAGUUUCAAAUAUCAUUUUUCCUGUAAUUUAUUGAUUUCAUUUACAUAUCAAAGACUCACUUGUUGAAUUAGCGUAUUUGUGUUGUUGAUGUUGCCAUAGAGAACACACAUGGGUCAAAGAUUAUGUUUGGUUGUAUUGAUUGGGUACAGUUUGUUAUUUUUCCUUCCAUUAUUUAAUUAGUUCAAGUUUUACAGUGUAUGCAGAUUUUAGACUUAGUUAGAUUUUUUUAUUUCAAUCAAACUGUGUUCAAUUGUGUUUGUAAAAGUCUGUGGUAGCUUUUGUUGCAACAUAAAAUAAUUUAAACAGAAAAAAUUCAAAAUAGCGCCAACAAACUUGUAUUAUUUGGGCGACUUUAAGCUUGUAGUUUUAACUUAUUGUUAACUUAAAAACUAUUUAUUAUGAUUAUUGCCUCGUAUAAAGUAUGUUUUGUGUAUAUUUAUGGUUUAUUUCAUUAUAUUUGCAAGUUUAAAAGAUUUUAAGUUUGCCAAAAUUGUGGUUACACCAUUUUGUUUCUUAAAAGGGGGACAAAUAGAAAAACAGCUUUAGAAGUACGAUUUGGAAACGUUCUCCAUAGUCAAAGAAUGCACUGCUAUAUUUAACUAAUUGAAGUGUAUAAACCUACAUGCUGUGUGCUAGAUGUUAUGCCUUUACUGCCUGUGUUCUGUUUGUCUUGUUAAAUGAAAAUCUUUUAAUUAUUUAAUCUAAUCACAGUCUUGUUUUUCAACCACUCGGUGAAACCCUGACACAUGGGACGGACCCCGUAGUGAGGCUUUGGCCCAGCAACUAGCCAGGAACGCAGGGGACGUCCUAGGUUUGCUGUGCUUUCAAGAUGCUUUCCUGUGUAUGCUGAUGAGCGGAGUUAUGAAAAAAAUAAUGAUUUUCUGUACAAACGCUGUCACAAUUCAGAUCAUCUGUAUCAAAUUUAAUAUAAUUUUUGACUAUUAAAGCAAAAAUGUUCUUUGGAAACUCAGCCACAGGCUCUGGCAAAAUAUUACAAAGCUCAAAAAGGCUGCAGGAAGGUUUUCUUGGGAGUCUCUAGGGUAGUAAGGGGGUGAGUGGUCCUUCUGUUUCUCAACCAACUGUAUUUUGUGUCUAUUUAUUUAGAAGAGGGGACGCAGUAAUUUAGUGAUGUUUUUCUUACAUUUUCCUGGAAUGGUAGAACAAAUCAAAGGUGAAAAAUGAUCAAAACAGUUCUGCUGACACCAAGAUCAGUGGAGGAAACACAAAAUCUCAUACUUCCAAACAUGACCAAAUGAACAAUGUCAAAAUUUAACAAAGAAAAAAACCUUUCAGUUUAGUCUAGGAUAUUUAUUACUGGGAUUUCAGCUGAAGACGCUUGAAGACUUUUUCAUGGAAUUGUUUAAUUAUUUGUACUUUACAUGCCAGAAAAAAAUACAAUAAAAGUUAUAAAUACAA